AUGGGUAUUAUUGUGCACAAUACUAUCGACGAAAAGCAGGAUGAAGACGAUCGAGAAGGAGAUCUCCAAGAAAUGUCAAAACUUUUCCCACAACAACAACAUUACUUUUAUCCUUACUCUCAACAAAUGUUUUAUGAACCUAGAGUUCUACAUGAGGAGGGCGUGGCAAAUCUCAAAUUGGUUCAUGUUUAUUAUGACAUCGUCACUAGUCAAGAAUGUGUCAUUCUCACCUAUGGUACAGCUGACCUAUGCGAUUACCCUAUUGUACGUCUUCACAUGGAAUCAUUGUUGAACAGAUUCCCUCUUCGUCGAGCAACUUGCCGUUAUCGUUUGAAGACGUCAGUGAAACUAAUUAUUCAAUACGGCGUUGGUAUUAUUAUGCUUUUACCAAAAGACGGUCGCGGAUCAGACUUUGGAUCAUAUGCGCUCGAGCAGAUGCUUUUAGAAGGAAGAAUAGUGAUGAAUAGCACCGAUGCACGAAAAAAAAUUGGCAUUAGAUACGACACAAACGAUUAUGAUGGUACAGCAUUAUUGUUAUCGAUCCACUGUCCGACAAAAAAGAUCCAGAUGAUUAUGAAUACGCCAUCAUCCAUUAUGAGGAAGACUGACUAUCUAAGUGCACUUAAAGACAGUGGAUUUGACGUUAAAAAAUGCUUGUUUAUUGAGCCUGGAGGAUUGUAA